AUGGUUGCUGCGAUUAAUCCUCAAGCAGCUCUUCCGUCCGCCGCCGCCACCGCUGCUGCUGACAUUGACAAAAUCCCUAAUCCGGCAAGGCCGCCUCUCCUCCCUUCCGAAAAGCAGCCCAACGGCCGUGGCAUUGGCGGUGGAGCUCGAAAACCAAGAGGCAAGCAAGUUCCUUCUAGGUACCUAUCCCCUUCUCCUUCCACUUCUACUUCCACAACUUCGACGACCACCACUACUACUACCACAACCACUACCACGACGAGUUCUUCCUCUUCUUCUUCUUCUUCCACUUUGCCAAGAAGAUUCGCUUCUCCUCUUCUUUCGCGCGCUACUAAUUCCGGCUCACCCGCUGCUUUUCCCCCUUUCGCCGGACCCAAGAGAUCCCAAUCUGUAGAUAGGAGGCGGUCGGUGGCUGCUCGGCCAACGACUGCUAACCCAGAAUCUAAGCAAGGCAAUGCCUCCUCCGAAAUGUCAGCUGCAACCAAGAUGUUGAUCACUUCCACUAGGAGUUUAUCGGUUUCCUUUCAGGGGGAAGCGUUUUCGCUCCCCAUAAGCAAGGCCAAGGCAGUAACCCCCCAGAGUGCAGGUAGGAAAGCAACCCCUGAGAGGAGGAGGGCGACCCCUGUGAGAGAUCAGGUGGAGAAUUCAAGGCCCGGGGAUCAGCAUAGGUGGCCGGCCAGGAAUAGGGAAGGGAAUUUGAGUUCCAGAGAAAGAAGUGCCUUGUUGUCUAGGAGCUUGGAUUAUAACAGCGGUGGAGAUAAGAGGACAGUUGGAUCUGGAUUGUUGGGGGCCAAGUCAUUGCAGCAGUCUAUGCUGUUUGAUGAGACUAGUAGGAGGUUGAGUUUGGAUUUAGGCAGUGCCAAGCUAAACCCAGAUGCCAAUUCAGAAAAGGACUCUUGUUUUGUUGGUGAUCUCACUGAAUCAGACAGUGAUAGUGUUUCCUCUGGUAGUAAUUCAGGUGUUCAAGAAUUGGGUGGUGGGGUUGGGAUUUCCAAAGGUAAAAUUGGGCCUCGUGGGAUUGUUGUAUCCUCAAGGUUUUGGCAAGAAACAAAUAGUAGGUUGAGAAGGCUGCAGGAUCCAGGCUCCCCACUGUCUACGAGUCCGGGGUCAAGAAUGAGUUUACAGUCUAAGGUCACACAGUCGAAAAGAUUUAGCACUGAUGGUCCAUUAGCAUCUCCUAGAUCAAUGGCUGCUUCACCUAUACGAGGGUCCACGAGGCCGGCUUCCCCUGGUAAGCUAUGGACAUCUUCAGCUUCUUCUCCGAUGAGAGGAAUGUCUAGUCCUUCAAGGGUGAGGCCAAUGAGUAGUAGUCCAAUGAGUACGCCUUCAAUUCUAAGUUUUUCUGUUGAUUUGAGGAGGGGGAAGAUUGGCGAAGACCGAAUCAAUGAUGCACACACUUUGAGACUUCUCUAUAACCGUUACUUGCAAUGGCGGUUUGUAAAUGCGAGGGCCGAUACCACCUUCAUGGUCCAGAAACUGAAUGCAGAGAAAAAUAUGUGGAAUGCAUGGUUGACAAUAUCGGAACUGCGGCACUCUGUUACGCUUAAAAGAGUCAAGCUGCUCCUGUUGAAGCAGAAGUUGAAGCUAACUUCUAUUAUGAAGGGACAAAUUAAUUUUCUCGAUGAUUGGUCAGUUAUUGAGAGAGAUCACAUUACCUCCUUAGAUGGAGCAACUGAAGCCUUGAAGGCCAGCACCCUCCGUCUUCCAAUUGUUGGAAAAGCCAUUGCCGAUGUACAAAACCUGAAGGAUGCUGUGGGCUCAGCAGUUGAUAUAAUGCAAGCAAUGGCAUCUUCGAUAUGCUCACAACUAUCCAAGGUUGACGAAAUGCAUUCCUUGGUGGCUGAACUUGUGAACAUAAUAGCGAAGGAGAAAGUUUUUCUUGAUCAAUGUAGAGAUUUCCUGUCAACACUAGCGGCCUUGCAGGUAAAAGACUGUAGCUUGAGGACGCACAUGAUGCAACUAAACCGAUUACCAACUACCGGCAACCUGACAACAUGUGUAGAGAACUGA